AAAGUUCGCCGCUGUGUCUGGUUGCGUCGGGUUGGGUCCCCAAGUCCUAUCGAGUGUGUGUGGUGGAGUCCUCAGUUGUUCACGGUUAAUCAUGGCGAUCGCGUUCAAGCUGUACCUGCUCGCCGUCCUGGUCGGGGUCGUAGCAUCUCACACAGCGGUAACCCCGCAGUUGGUGGUUGAACGCGAAGAGCAUGACCAGGACGUGAUACAGAAAACGUUGGACGAGAUUCGGCAACGAUCGAGUGUUCAGUUCAUGGAGUACGGACCGGACGCCAAGGAAGGCUACAAGUACCACUUGUCGGUUGGGGACGAGCUAGAUUACGUGAUACACACCGAUAAACCAAUCAUCAUCCCGAUCGUGGAAACCAUCAAGAGCACGCGGGCGGAGACUGAUCGGAAGCUGCUCGAGCGGUUGAUUGCAUCUGGGAGCAUAAAAUCGCUGGACAGUGUUAAGCGAAAGCAAUAAAAGAUAAGAUCGUUCUAGAUUUUA